UGGCAUCCUGCUGAAUGUUGGAAACAUGGAAACCAUGGAAACAAGGCCGUCCAGCUUUAUCUCAUUUCCUUCCUCUCUUGUCAUUGUGCUUUGGGGUGUUGCUUCCGGAGUAGAUCCCCACUGACUCUAAAUUCUCCAUAACUUUUUUUAACCAACAUUGUAAGUCACUUGUUCAAGACAUCAUGACCUACUUGCAACUGACAGUGUUUUUGCCAGUGAAGAUUGUUUUCUUUUUUCUUGAGACAGGGUUUUGCCAGGAGCAGGUAGGCACAUGUAGACCUUUUUGUACUGGGAGUGAGUGCAUUUCUUUAAACCAAGAAAGGGUGGACUUUAAAACAGCCAAGGAAGCUUGCCAUGAAAGGAAUGGAGAACUGAUGACAUUUCAGACUGAGACAGAUGAGAACAUCCUCAACAUAUUGGUUCAAGAAUUGUAUGGAAACUUCUGGAUCGGACUCUGUUUACCAGAUGGCGCCUGCAGCAACCUAUCAGCUCCACUAAGAGGUUAUGAGUGGACCUCUGGUAGUAAAAGCAGCUUUAUUCCAUCUGUCUGUACCUGGAAUGACAGUUUUAGAGUCUGCUCCCAACACUGUGUGUCUCUUUCUAAUAACCGAAGGUUGAUGGAGAGGUUGUGCACUGAAAUGACUGAUGGGUAUCUAUGCAAAAUGAAGCACAAAGAUUCAUGCAAAAUGCAGAAAAUAUCAGAUCGAUCUGUUUUCAAAAGCUCUAAAGGCUGCUCGGUUGGCCCUUGUCAACACGUCUGCAAAGAAGUACAAGGCGGGUAUAGAUGUUUUUGUUUCGAGGGAUAUAUCCAGGACAGCAAUGACCCCAGGCAAUGCAAAAUGUAUUGUGGACAAGAGAAAUGUCCUGCAAUAUGUGAGAAAGACACAUGUUCCUGUCCUGACGGAUAUCUUCUUCUGACGGAGAACGUUUGUGAGGACAUUAAUGAAUGUUCAAUGGACUGGUGUGCUCAAGAUUGUAAAAAUACUUUUGGAAGUUUUGUUUGUUCCUGUCGAGAAGGAUAUGUACUGAAAGAUCAAGUCAAAUGCAUCAAAGCAGCGUACGAUAAAGAUCUUUUGGUCACAACUCCUAUCGCCAUAGGAUCUGCCAAACCAGCUGCCAAUAAUAAUACGUCUAAGGAUUCUUCUGUUGCUGCUGGUGGUUUCCUCUGGAUAUGGAUUUUACUAGUUUUGGCUGUAGUUGGGUUUGUUAUUGUCAUUAGGUUCUAUGCAGUUAAGCAUCAGAGGGGCAGAGAACAGAACUUAAAUCAAGCAUCUAUGACCCCUGAGGACAAUAUAGAGUGUUGAAAAGAAAUACCACCUGCUGUUCCCUUUACCAUUUUCAUUUUGACUUUACAUUUCUCAGAAGGCUUCACUACAAAAGGGAAUGAGUAUACAUUCUGAACUUUUGUAUCCAGCUUUUGUAUUAGUACUUGUACUUGUAUUAAUUCAUUAUUAUAUCAUUUGGAAUUUCAGCUAUCAAGUUCUUGUAGGAGAGGAAAUAGGCCACUCAGUGCCUGUACCCUGUAUAUUCACGGUAAGAAGAAGCAGUAAAGGGAAAAUGUGUCAUCAAACAUAAGUUCAAACUUGAAUUUUCUGAGACAAUUGGGUUGAAAUAUAAGGACUGUAAUUGUUUUCAGGAACACCUUUUUUGGAACAUUACAGUAUUGGAAACAUUUGCAUGAUGUUUUUGUCACAGGUGGAGGUGAGAGUUUACUUUUUGAUAUAUUGCUUGGUAGUCUAUAGUUUGAACUCUUCUCAAUUCAUGACAUUGAUUUAUGUUUCAUGAGUAUUAAUGUACGUUUGAGUAUAUGAGUCUGAACAGAUUGAUGGGGUUAAACUGACAAUUCACUCCAAAAUGGAAAUCUAAGCAAAAGAAUAUAGCUCAUUAAAGUGCAGUUUCUUUAUGUUACUUUAGUUAAGACAUUGUUUGCAAUCGUUCAUGUAUCCUAUAGGAGUUUUGAAGACCAUGUGUGAAUUGAUGUUUUAUUUUAUUCCUUUUCAACUUAUUUGUGGUGGAAUUCAAACCUAAAUUUUUCAAUCAUUCAUUGUCAUCAUCAUUCGUAUUGUUAAAGUGCCACCUGGUGUUCAUAUAAACACAUUACAGGACAGGGGGAAGAACCAGCAACACAAGUCACACAUGGCAUCACCAUGACCUGACAAAUCUUUUUCAUUAUUUAAGAUAAGAUGGUGAGCUUUACACAUGAAGAGUUACAAUUCUCUUCUGGAUUUUUUAAGGAGCCAGUGCAGAGAAGUCAGUACACGAGCUGCUGUGUUCUGGACUAGUUGAAGAGUCUUUAGAGACUCAAUCCGGCACCCUGGUUAAAGAGAAUUACAAUAAUCCAACCUGGAGGUAACAAAUGCGUGAACUAGUUUUUCUGCAUCAUUAUGCGAGGAGAUAUGCCUGAUCUUAGAUAUAUUACAAAGGUGAAAAUAGGCUGUUCUUGAAAGUUGAGUUUUGUGUGAGUUAAAGGACAUAUCUUGAUCAAAUAGAACUCCAUAACAGCUGGGUGCUGGAUGCCAGGCUGAUGCUAUCUUGGACAGUUAUAUCAUUACAGUAUAUCAUUCUCUCUUUUUUUAUUUUUGCAUUUUCUAAAAAAAAAUAUUUCUGAAGUGUUUAGGACCGAGCACAAUAACUUCAGUCUUGUGUAAGUUAGGCAGCAACAUUAAAAAGAAUCUAACCAUCCAAAAUGUUUUCAAUAACACCUCUGUUCUUUUUAUGAAGAUAAGUCAUAUUUUUUAUUUCUUCUGCAAAAGGAAAAAACAAACGUACUGUAUAAUAUAACCAUGUUGUUAAUUAAUAAAACUUUGAAUUAUA